ACCCCUGGUCUCAAGUCUCUAUUCCUAGAAGGAGCAUCUAAGAUAACAGCAAAAGGGUUUGCAGAGGCAAUCCGUAGUUGGAAGUACCUUGAUGUUAUACACCUUGGUGAAUUUGAUGACCAGCACUACACUCAAAUUAUUGAAGAGAUAGGAAUAAAUUGCAAAGGACUUGAAGAACUUCACAUAUCCAAGGUAACUCUUAGCGAGGAUAUUGCACAUGUGCUAGCUAAAAGUUUGCAGAACGUGAAGAAACUGAGGUUUGAAGCUGCUUGGCUAUUCCUUAGUGCAUUAAAGACUGUCCAGGAAAGAUGCCUUCAGCUGGAAGAGAUGCACAUCAGUAAGUGCACCUAUCCCUGUAGGCUACGCCCAGAUUUUACAAUUUGGUUGGGGCCUAUUAGUUUUAGUUUAAUAAGGAAUGUAGGGAUUGGCGACCAGCGGUGCUGGACUAUGGAAAAAUUUACCGACUUUUAG